AUGACUAUGGAAAAUGCCUCCUUGGUAACAGAGUUCAUCCUGGUGGGGUUAACAGACCAGCCUGACCUUCAAAUACCUCUGUUCCUGUUUUUUCUAGUAAUGUAUAUGAUAACUGCAUUGGGCAAUUUGGCUUUAAUCAUUCUAAUUGUGCUGAAUUCUCACCUGCACACCCCCAUGUACUUUUUCCUAUUUAACUUGUCCUGCAUAGACCUGUGUUACUCUUCUGUGGUUACACCCAAAAUGCUUAUGAACUUCAUACUAAGGAAGAACCUUAUCUCCUAUGUGGGAUGUAUGACCCAGUUCUACUUCUUCUGUUUUUUUGUCAUAUCUGAAUGCUAUGUGCUGACAGCAAUGGCCUAUGACCGCUACGUGGCCAUCUGCAAUCCACUCUUGUAUAACAUUGCCAUGUCUCCUAAGGUGUGUUCCUAUCUUAUGCUUGGUUCAUAUUUGAUGGGGUUUUCUGGUGCCAUGAUCCACACUGGAUGUGUUUUGAGACUGACCUUCUGUGAUAAAAACACCAUCAACCACUAUUUCUGUGAUCUCUUUCCUUUGCUGCAGCUCUCCUGUACCAGCACCUAUGUCAAUGAAAUAGAGCUAUUCAUUGUAGCAGGAAAAGACAUCAUUGUGCCCAGUUCCAUCAUCUUUACCUCUUAUGGUUUCAUAAUCUCCAGCAUCCUCAAAAUAAGGUCAACUGAGGGCAGGUCCAAAGCCUUCAGCACCUGUGGUUCCCACAUAAUUGCUGUAUCUCUGUUCUUUGGAUCAUGCGCAUUUAUGUAUCUAAAACCCUCCUCAGCUGGAUCUAUGGAUGAAGGAAAAAUAUCUUCUGUCUUUUAUAAUAUUGUGGUUCCCAUGAUGAACCCAUUAAUCUACAGCCUGAGAAACAAAGAUGUGAAAAAUGCCUUGAAAAAAACAUUAACCAGCAGAAAAUUUUGA